AGGGAUCAGAAACAUCCAGCUCAACAUUCCUGUUUGUGCAAUGGCUGAGCGAAUCUCUGUUCAGCAGGCUUUACAGGCCGCGUUUGGCGAGGAUCCUGAGAAUCUUCAGGUCUUUCAGUUUGAGCCCAAUGGCGGAGAAGCGGUGCUUUGUCGUUUCUGGGUUCGAACAGGUACCUGCAAAUGGGGAGCUCAGUGCCGACAUCGGCAUGACUUGGACCUCUCCAGAUACUCCUUGCGCGCGCGGCGUGGGGCUGCCAUGCCUGGGCUUGUCCAUGGUGAUCCAAAGGCUGCACUGGAGUCGGCGUCGGAAAAUAUUGCGUUCGUCCUGUGUGGCGAGCGAGCCGUCUACGACUACGAGGAUCACGAUGCCGCACGACGGUUUCUGUCGGCCGGGAUGCAAGGCCAGGAUGUUUGGUCUUUAUUGCCGCUGGAACUGGCCAUCGACACCUUGUGGAGCGCUGGAGCUUUUGGUGCGGUGUCAGCCACCAUGUCUUGCAAGGACUGGGGCUGCCUGCCGAUUGCCCAAGGCAUCAGAGAAUUGGCCUAUGCUGAUGCCACAGGAGCAGACUUCAGGAACUGCUCUCCACGUCAUUUGUGCGAUCUCAUGCUGACAAGGAGGUUUAUGCUCUCAGCUCAGACCCUGUAUGCUGAGAAAGCGAAAGGCAACCAGGGCUGUGGCUCCGCAUGCUCCGCAUGCGGCCCAGUGGUGCACGUUUGCCAGCCAUCACCUGUUUGCUUGCUUUUCAUGGACGGCUCAGUGACCUUUGCGCUGCUCCACAGUGGUGAGGUCCGCUGUCACCGCAGCAGCACUGGUCAAAUCUUAGCCCAAUCGCAACGACUCGGAAAGGGCCGCCUUCUGCAAGCAGCGGCUCUUUUGGGAUGUGAGGCCUUCGUGUUGGGUGAUGACCAAGGAGGUCUGCAGCUGCUUCAACGAGACGAUCUCAGCGAAACUCAAGUACUUCGUGCCACUGGGAAAUCCAGCAUUGCUGCCCUAGCCGCCCUCCAAGACAACCAGCAGGCUUGUCUUUGUGCCAGCAUGGAUGGUAGCAUUGAGCUCAUCCAGGUGAGCGACGAGGGCGAUGAUGCCACUGUUCUUGCAAGGAUCGAGCCGGUGGGCUCCUUGGGCGAGUUAGAGGGUAUUCCGGCCAUCUCCAGCUACAACCUGGGCAAUGAGGACUUGGCCUUUUUCAGUGCGGGUGCUUCUGCCUGGACCUUCACCGUGGCGACCGGCACCCUAAAGCUCCUGGAAGGCCGGUCGAAGCCUGCAGUCUCCAGCCGAGGCUGCCACAACUACGCCUGUGUUCUUCGCUCGAAGACCUUCGUCACGGCAUCCAGUGGAGACUCCAAGCUUCAAUGGUGGCAAUUGGAGAGAAAUGGCGAACUGGUGGCUGGCCCCGAGACGCACAGUGACGGGGUGAUCCUGGGCCUCUCAGGUGCCGGAGACCUUUGCGCUGCCUUGCACGCGUACCUCACGGUGACUCUUUGGCAAGGAGCCUUGCGGAAAGAGGUGCUGCGGAUCACCAUGAGCGGCCUCGGCCACAGCUUGUCCUUGGGUCCGGAUGGUUUGGCCAUUGCCAGCGCACCAGGCCUGGGCCGAGUGAGGUCACCGGGCGAUCGCUGCUCCUUGCACCUGGCGAUCUUGCCGCUCCACGUGGAGAAGCUCGUCAAGGAGCCGAAGAAGAGCAAGCCAGCCAAGAUGUUUGCACAGAAAACCCGGGGUGGCCGGAAGAAUCAGAAGGGAAAACAGUCCAGGCUGCAGUGACGUGAUCGUAAG